GAACACGCUCGCACCAGCACAAACCGCUUCACUCGCAGAACGCCGCUCGCAUCAAUCACCAGUCGUUUCCAUCAGCCGCAUCGAACAUGAGGGAAAUCGUACAUCUCCAGGCCGGCCAGUGCGGAAACCAAGUUGGGGCCAAGUUUUGGGAAGUGAUCUCCGAAGAGCACGGCAUUGACCCUAGUGGAAUUUAUCUGGGCACCAGUGACUUACAGCUGGAACGAAUCAAUGUUUAUUACAACGAGGCUUCUGUUGCGUCAUCCGACAAUGGCGGAAAAUACGUUCCCCGUGCCAUCCUGCUGGACCUGGAGCCCGGCACCAUGGACGCCGUGCGUUCCGGAACCUACGGCAGACUGUUCCGACCGGACAACUUCGUCUUCGGACAGUCUGGAGCCGGCAACAACUGGGCCAAAGGCCACUACACCGAGGGUGCGGAGCUGGUGGACGCGGUCUUGGACGUGGUGAGGAAGGAGGCGGAGAACUGCGACUGUCUCCAAGGCUUCCAACUGACUCACUCGCUCGGAGGUGGUACCGGAUCUGGUAUGGGCACCCUGCUGAUUUCCAAGAUCAGGGAGGAAUACCCCGAUAGGAUUAUGAACACUUACUCCGUGAUGCCCAGUCCUAAAGUGUCGGAUACUGUGGUGGAACCGUACAAUGCCACCUUAUCCGUGCACCAACUGGUGGAGAACACAGACGAAACCUACUGCAUUGACAACGAGGCUCUGUACGACAUCUGCUUCAGGACUUUGAAGGUGCCAAAUCCCAGCUACGGAGACUUGAACCAUCUAGUCUCUCUGACGAUGUCCGGCGUCACCACAUGCCUGAGAUUCCCGGGACAAUUGAACGCCGACCUGCGCAAACUGGCCGUCAACAUGGUACCAUUCCCUCGUCUUCACUUCUUCAUGCCCGGCUUCGCUCCCCUAACGUCUCGCGGCAAUCAACAGUACAGGGCACUGACGGUGCCGGAACUGACCCAACAAAUGUUCGACGCCAAGAACAUGAUGGCCGCCUGCGACCCACGACACGGCCGCUACCUCACCGUCGCCGCCGUCUUCAGAGGCAGGAUGUCCAUGAAAGAGGUCGACGAGCAGAUGCUGGCGGUGCAGAACAAAAACAGCAGCUACUUCGUCGAAUGGAUCCCCAACAACGUAAAAACAGCAGUUUGUGAUAUCCCGCCGGUCGGUCUGAAAAUGUCGUCCACCUUCAUCGGCAACACGACCGCCAUUCAGGAGUUGUUCAAGAGAAUCUCCGAGCAAUUCGCCGCCAUGUUCAGACGCAAGGCCUUCUUGCACUGGUACACCGGCGAAGGCAUGGACGAGAUGGAGUUCACCGAGGCCGAAAGCAACAUGAACGAUUUAGUAUCCGAAUAUCAGCAAUACCAAGAGGCAACCGCUGACGAGGAGUACGAGGCCGAAGGCGAAGAACCCGCCGCCGACGAUUUCGCUUGUUAAUUUGGCCGUGAAUUGUUUUAAACUGAUUUAAUCGACACCAAAUCGUAAUUAUUGCUUAAGCUUAGGAGUAAUUAAGUGCACUAUUAUUAAAAAUUAAAUAAAAUGUUUUGAAUGUUGAUGUUGUUGAUGUAGGAAUAGGUAGAAGAAACUAAUUGUAUGGUUAAGUGAAUGGAGUUUUUGUUAAUGGUAAAAUCAUUUUAUAUCGAAUUUUGUACUUUUUCUACGUUUUUCUAUGUAACAACUGUAAGCCGAUUAAAGUAGAAUAAAGACUGAUGUUUCUACAGAAA